AUCCACUCACCCAUUGCCAAUUAAACUGUAGACGUAUGGCUUACUGCACGGCUCACACCUUCCAAAUUCCGGCCUCCAACGUCAUUUCACGGCCACGCACUGUCACUCCCUCUGUCGGCGCCGCCGUGUCCUUGUGGCGCCGCCCUUCAUCUAUUCCAUCUAUUUCAAACCGCAACAUGUCCUUCAAAUGCCACGCCAUUUCCAAGUGUGAUGAUAUCACAACUAUUGAAACUAAUGAGGCUCCAGAAGCAUUAGGGCCAUAUUCUCAAGGCAUCAUAGCCAACAACUUUAUAUUUGUGUCUGGCUCCCUAGGUCUGAUUCCCGAGACAGGAGAAUUAAUUUCCGAUCAUGUUGGAGAGCAAGCCGAGCAGGCCCUCAAAAAUAUUGGUGCAAUAUUGAAAGCUGGAGGUGCGGACUAUAAUAGAGUGGUUAAGACAACUAUUAUGCUGGCUGAUGUAGCUGACUUUGCAUUAGUGAAUCAAAUUUAUGCUCGAUACUUUUCCGAGUACCCUGCUCCAGCUCGGUCAACAUUUCAGGCUGGAGCAUUGCCCAAAAAUGCCAAGAUCGAAAUCGAUGCAAUAGCUGUGGUUUAAACUGUAGCACCUCGAUGUGACAUGAGCAUGCGAGGAGUUCUCAAGUAUCUGAUAUAUUAGUAUGGUUGUAAAUUUAAUAAGUUGGAGAUGGCUAAUAAAUACAGGAAGAUCCCAAAUUAGAUGAGGGUUUCUUGCUAGUUGUUACCAACAUUAUUGUAAUAAUUUUAUUGUUGCCUUGUUUUAUGUGGGGCCUUUCUCAUGCUACCAUGGUUACUUCUGCAAAUUUUCUGGUUAA